AUGAGUUGUCAUGGUAACAGAAUUUUCUGCUUCAAGGAGGUAUUUUUGUGUAUUUUUUUUUACAACUACUAUUUUUUUUGCUCAGUUUUUUGUGACCGCUGGCGAUUUUUGCUUCAUUUUUUAUGUUUGUCAGCGAUUUUUUGCGAAAUCUAUAUUUUCAAAAAAAAUAGAAUGAAUUUUUGUUUGACCACUGUCAAACGGUGUAUUCAUUUAAACUUGAUUGAUUACUUUCAUUUGAAUAAGAAUCAAACCAUGAAUAAUUUACCUCAAGACGAGAAACAAAACAAAAGGGCUAUAAGAUAUCUAACGAUUUCGACGAUACGUCUUUUUUUACUCUGCGACCAAAUUUUGAAAGAAUUUGACCAGAUUUUAAACGCUUUAGCUAGAAUUAAGCACUUUGUAAAGGGAACAAACAGUCAAAAAUACAGUUUGAAAGGAAUUAAACGCUGUCAGCCCACAUUUUUUGCAGGAAAGUUUUAUACUAUUGAGAGAAGUCUAAUUCCAUCUAUUUUCAACACUAUAAUAACGUUUUUUAUUGUUAUAAUCCAGUUUAAAAUUAAUUGA